AUGUCUGAGCCUUACUUUCCAAUGCAGAAUCCUAAUGAUUUCUCUCUUCCUAUGCCCAAAGAGUCCCUGCAAGGAGAGUUCCAAAGGAAGCUGUACAAGGAGCUGCUGAAGAACUACAACCCUCUGGAACGACCAGUUGCGAAUGACUCCCAGCCACUCACUGUCUAUUUCACUCUCAGCCUCAUGCAGAUCAUGGAUGUGGAUGAAAAGAAUCAAGUAUUAACAACAAACAUCUGGCUACAAAUGUACUGGACAGAUCAUUACUUACAGUGGAAUGUGUCUGAAUACCCUGGAGUGAAGAACGUCCGCUUUCCUGAUGGACUGAUUUGGAAGCCAGAUAUUCUUCUCUAUAACAGUGCUGAUGAAAGAUUUGAUGCUACAUUUCACACUAAUGUUUUAGUCAAUUCUUCGGGACAUUGCCAAUAUCUGCCACCAGGCAUAUUUAAAAGCUCGUGCUACAUAGAUGUGCGCUGGUUUCCAUUUGAUGUUCAGAAGUGUAACCUGAAGUUUGGCUCUUGGACAUAUGGAGGCUGGUCCUUAGACUUACAAAUGCAAGAAGCAGAUAUAUCCGGCUAUAUUUCAAACGGAGAGUGGGAUUUAGUAGGAGUUCCUGGGAAGAGAACUGAGAGCUUUUAUGAGUGCUGUAAAGAACCAUACCCAGAUAUAACGUUCACAGUAACUAUGAGACGCAGGACUCUCUACUACGGACUCAACCUUCUUAUUCCCUGUGUACUGAUAUCAGCACUUGCCUUAUUAGUCUUUCUGCUUCCAGCAGACUCAGGAGAAAAGAUCUCACUAGGUAUAACAGUUUUAUUGUCUCUCACUGUCUUCAUGUUACUCGUGGCUGAAAUUAUGCCAGCAACAUCUGAUUCCGUGCCCUUAAUUGCUCAGUAUUUUGCCAGCACCAUGAUUAUUGUUGGCCUCUCUGUUGUUGUCACUGUCAUCGUUCUACAAUACCAUCAUCAUGAUCCAGAUGGGGGAAAAAUGCCUAAAUGGACAAGAGUCAUCCUUCUGAAUUGGUGUGCUUGGUUUCUGAGGAUGAAGAGGCCAGGGGAAGAUAAAGUGCGUCCUGCCUGUCAACAUAAACAGCGCCGAUGCAGCCUGUCAAGCGUGGAGAUGAACACUGUGAGUGGUCAGCAGUGCAGUAAUGGGAAUAUGCUGUAUAUUGGGUUUCGAGGGCUGGAUGGGGUUCACUGCACACCCACUACUGAUUCAGGGGUGAUCUGUGGGAGGAUGACCUGUUCACCAACAGAGGAAGAAAAUCUUCUGCACAGUGGCCACCCCUCUGAAGGCGACCCAGAUUUGGCUAAGAUCCUGGAAGAGGUCAGAUACAUUGCAAACCGGUUCAGAGACCAGGAUGAAGAAGAAGCCAUUUGCAACGAAUGGAAGUUUGCAGCCUCUGUAGUAGAUCGGCUCUGCUUGAUGGCAUUUUCAGUCUUCACCAUCAUUUGUACAAUUGGUAUCUUAAUGUCAGCACCAAACUUUGUAGAGGCUGUUUCUAAAGAUUUUGCUUAACUUCUAUGAUUUGAUUCUCUGAAGUAUCAUAUGUAGCAAAUAAGAGUGUAUUUUUUUGUUCGUUUGUUUGCUUGUUUUCAAUGAGUACACUGUAUCUCAUUGUCCUCUGUCUUUUGCCCUCCCUCCUACUCCCCUGGCACCCCUCUGGCCCCAGGUUCCUUUCUAAAGGGCAGCACCCUCUCAGAAGGGGAGCCAGGGAUCCUUUCCCCUGGGCUGUGUGCCCAGCUCCUCUGAGCAGCUUGCUGUGGGAGAUGCAAAGUGAGUGCAAGUCCAUUCAGAAUGAAAGGAUAGUGCUCGGGCAUCUUCUAUGCAUUUCAAACUGGCUAGUACAUAAAUUAAUAGGUAGGUAAUGCCAGAAAUGUCAUUUCUUCCAGAUUUGCUUUAAAAGAUAGAAGUUAGCCCUAUGUUUUGGAAAGGAUUAAAUCUGAAUGAAAGGAAACUCAAAUGACAGAGGAAAAAAAGAAUAAGAACACCCUGCUAUUCAGUCUCUGGUUCUUAGUGAGUAUGGAGCACACAGCUCCUCACAUCCAGUCGCAUUUUAAAUCCCACAAUGCAUUUUGCAGUGAGUUUAUGUGAGUACAGAGGAUUCUGAUUUUUGCCUGAACAUCAGGAAGAUGAAAGUCAAGAUGAAACAGCACAUAGCUUGUCCUUCUGUCACUUCCUGGACUUGACCUAGAAGUAUGGCCUGGAUUCUUAAAAAGGCUUCCCAGUAAUUGCAGU